AUGUCGUCUCAUCGUGCCGACGACUCUGCAUCUUCCAUCGAUGUGGCGUCUUCGUACUUGGAAUCGACUGAUACAGCGGAUGCGCCGUACCUGACACAGCUCGGAUCACGUCCACACAAAAGUCAGAGUCGGGCGGACAGUCUCGCCUCGACGUCGACGCCUGCCAGUCCCACGCCAGCUGCUGCUGUCGCACCGGCGGCCUCGACGUCCAUGGUAGACUCGCCGUCGUCGUCCGUGGAUGGAAGUGUGUUUAGCGUGCGGAGUGGUAGUGGAAGUCGAUUGCAACGUCAACCUGCCAUCCAUCGAUCACGCACCUCGUCGAACGUCUCGGACUCUUCGCAGACCUCGCAGUCAAGCCGUCGCGUUCUAUCGCAGCGACCACGCGAUGCGUCCGGAUCCAACAGCCCUGUGCCGCUCCUUGGCACACCGCCGCCGCCGGCCUGGCGUGCCUCGUCUCGAAGUGAGCUGACCAGUCCUUUGCAACGUCACUCCAGCUUACGGAGUACUCUUUCUGGCCACAGCGAGUCCCUUCGUCCCUCGAAGGCUGGCUCACUGGACCAUGACAAUGAGGAAGACGACGACGAAGGCAAAGACGAGCACUCCGAUGAAUCCGUGUACUCCAACGAGGGUGAUAAAGAGGAGGCGACGCAUUCCACAGACGCGGACCCGACGACGGUCUCGCGUGCUUCAUCGGUGCGUAGCGCUGCGUCGAUGCCCCUGCCAUUGCGUGUACACUCUUCCCUCAGUGAUACAGAGGAGCGCCGCGUCCCUGCUGUGCCUACGACGCCUGCACGAUCGCAGCAUCGACCGCGAUCCAGCUCGUUGGCGUCGCCCAACGAGCGCCACACGGCCUCACCUGUACUGCCGCCUCGACGUGCGCUGGCCGCCGACGUAUCAGACAGCUCGCAGUCAGUCAGGCGGACAUCGCUCCCGCCGUCCGCCGGCACAACGUCUACUGCGCCGUCCGAAGCGGCGUCCACGCCUCGGGUCGAGCCUGCGGUUCUCUCGCCCCUGUCCAUGCCGCCUUUGUUGCCGGAGGAAUAUAAACCGGCCCUGCCACCACGGCCUCGUUCGCAGGCGGAGACGCCGGCCUUGGCACCGCUGCCCCCCGAUGCAACUGCACAGAUGCUCUCGCCGCCGGAUCUGCCCGUAUCGGCGUCGCAGCAAUCACUUUCGUCGGCGUACUCCAACGAGUCGAUGGCCUCAUCGAAGGAAGAGUCUACGUCAGAGGCCAAGGCGCCUGCUGCGCCUGCUGAAGGUGCAAGUACAACGACGUCGCCGACCAUGACCUCCACGCCUCUGACGACGGCCACCUCGCACUUUGCCCGAAUGCCUACAGAAGAGCCUAUCCGAUCCAGCGAUACGAGUUUGGUGUCUUGGCCUGCAUCGCGCCACGUAUCUACCGAUACCACACGAGCGUCGCAGCGAGUCGUCUCCGGAGCCUCAGAGGCGUCCAGUACUUUCACGACAUCCAUGCAAGAGCUCAUGGAUACCUUUGCAUCUGCGAUGGCCGAUUUAGGCCUCGAUGAAUCUGCGCCGCCUGUGCCGGGUGUCGACGAUAUGGCGGUCGGUUACCGCGCUACUGCGUACCCACACGGCUCCCAUGGCCUGCCGCGAUCGACAUCGACGUUGGCUUCGAUGCUGCCGCCGCCGGAGCCUGUAAAGGCCCCGAUCUCCUCGCCGUUGCCCGCCGCAGCGCCGGCCUUGCAGCAAGCUGUUGCGCCUGGCAGCACACGCACCACGUCGAUGGCGUCCACUAUGACGUCGUCCACGUCGUCUGCGACCUCGCCGGCCCUGUCCAACAAGGCGCUACCUCAAAGUCCUACCGACAAGCGCUUCCAUGUCUACGGUAUGCAUGUUUGGUGGCCAGGCUCGUUUGACGUGACGUCCAACCUGAACUACGACUCCGUCUCGCCUGUGCAGCGCGCUGCGCUCUUUACCAAUGCCGCGAACGAUUUGCUGCAACGACCGACGAAUCUCAGCGACUGGAUCGAGCAGAUUCGCGCGUUGCAGCCAUCAGCGCCUGAUGCGCUCACACGCUCUGUCAUGCAAACGCAAAUGCAGGAACUCGAGGCGUCUAUGACACCUCACCUUGGCGCGCCGUCUGAGCCGUCUGAUCUGCCACUGCCGUCGAAUAUUCCUUUCCCCUUGCUGGCCAAGGCGCAAAGUGUGGCCCAUGGCGAUCCCGGUAUCUCACUGGUCAACUCACCUGCGUCGCAUGACAGUACAUCGCCGCCGCCUUCCGCCUUGCCGGCGGCGGCGGCGGUGGCAGCGGCAACGCCAGCAACGACUACGACGCCUUCGAUGCUGGCCUCCCCUGCCCCGCGCCCUCUUAGCACCACAGCGGCCCCUGCACUACCGACGCCCACACCUGCGCAGGCCAUGGCCAUGGCCUCGGCGCCGUCACGAUACGCAGCCGCCACGUCGACGCCAGCGCCUCCGACGCCGGCGUCGACACAGACGAAAGAGCCCAGCACGUCGAUGCCCGCCUCGUUCUUUACCAAUCCGCUGGGCCGCCGAAAAGCUACCCACGCCGCUACAUACUCAUCGUACACGCCCCUACGUGCCUUCCCCUCGCCGCGGGUACCGGGCGCCAGCAGUGAAUGGGACGCCAUGCCGGUGGGCCUUGGUCUGUACCGCGCGCCCAGCCAGGCCAUGUCGGACGUCUCGUCGCUGCCGGAUACGGCUAUGAAUGCGGCUGUCACGCGUUUGCGCGAUGCAUUGCCGGAGAUCGACGAGGCGACCGCCCGUUUGUACGUCCAGCGCCAUCAUGGCGACGAUGUUCGUGCCUUGUCUGACUACUUGGCCGAUCACGCACGUGAAGAGCCACAUGCGCCUCGUCGUGGCCUCUUUGCGCACACGCCACGCACACGCUAA